UCUUAUAACGGAGCAAGUAUGCACUAUUGAGAGUAACUUACUGAUCGUAUUCACAAGAUCCCUGGAAUGGGUCGUGUGUUUUACUACAUGACAGACAUUUUUUUCAAAUCUCGAUCGUCGCUUAGCGGUCAAUACUAAAACUUCAAUGGAUCUAUUACCAAUAACUUAAAGCGUUAUGAUCCUCUGUCUUCUUAUUUCCAUUAUCAUUAUUUUACCUACGCAGUAUUUAAACAGCACAAGUUUGUAGAUGUAAGAACUCUGCCAAUCACGCAGCAACUAUGUGAGCCUCCUUUACAUGUAUUUUACACUAAAGUUUUGGAAGAUUUAUUUUUCACCAUAUUGUCGGAAUUACGCAUUUAAUCCGAGAGCUUAGAAACAUUACCUUGUAUGGAUUGACUGUGAAACAAAUCUGGGAGAAAAGUGGAUAAAUAUUUAGUGCUCUCAACUUUACUUUUAUGUACAACACAACAAGAUAGGUUUUCAGUGAUCAUACAGGCUUUAUACCGUACUGGUUACUCCCGCCUCUUCGAAAGUAUUGCCCGGAAGUCUGCAAGGUUAGAUCUAAAAACUGCAACGAUUGGAUCUUUCCAGUUGUUAAGUUUUUGUAAGGCCAAAUUUUAUGAUGUCUAAAGAUAUAAAUAAUUAGAUUUAAGAAAGCUAUGUAUGUUAAUUAAACAAGGAUACCAAAGAACAUGGAUGAAGUUCAACUUACAACCCAUUCGAUUUACGUAAGGAAAAAUCUGUGGUAUACUAAUGGACGUCAAGUCUCUUAGUUACCAUCAUUGUCAUGGAUGUUUGCAGUUAUUUUAGUUACCAAACAAGUUCGCUUUUAACGGCGCUAAGUUUUUCAUAAUCAUUASAUUUCAAACUUAAUUGUGCUGUACAACGUUUCAAUUAUCGUUUUUAUCUUUUUGACGCGCGCCAUGUCCAAUCACUAUUACAAUGAGCUUUGGCAUCAAACACUUCAUGAAAUUGAUCUUCUGGCAGUCGUCGACGAACAACAAGGUCAGAAUUUCGAGACUGCACUGGCAUCAACACCGCCGGAUUUGGAAACUGUGACUGAGCCAAAGAAACUCAUACAAACCACAGUCUUUGAGUUUUAUUUACGUUACAUCGGUAUAGCCAAUCGAUUAGAGGAUAUCUAUGACAAAAUGGUACAGCCACAAAAACGCCUCUUAGUGCGUAAGCUACUCGACUCUUGUUUGGGACGCGUUAUMGAGCUCAAGCACGAUCUCGUUAAUAUUGAUCUAAUGGAGUUCAGUUACAAUGAUGAAGUUGUCGUACGCCUUCAAUUAACACCCGACGAUACCCAAUUGCAUAUUCCGCGSUAUUUUCUACGAGAGCGUCGUCAAGAGAUCGAACAACGCAAUCGUAUCAUGCACGAAAUUCUUGUCAAGYUAGGGUGGCUAGAGGAGCAUCCCAGUGAUGAGAAACUAACCGAAAUCGAAGCUAUACGGUUAUUACAGAUGCAUGAGCGUGCACGUCAGGGUCGACUUCGGGCACAUUUCAUGAAAGAGAUACGAAUGCUAAAAGAUAAAGGUAAGACUGAGGAGAAGGGAAAAGAGCGCAGUGAUUUGGGAUUAUUAGCUGCAAUGAAGAUACAAAAAGUAUGGCGUGGCCAUACGGCGAGACGUAUAACGCGUCGACGAAAGCAGGAAGAAAUGAUUUUGAUCGGCAUGGUACCACCCACAGCUGCAAUGCUAAAAAAWCGAGCAGAAAAGGAAGAAAAGUUAAAUGAGAUUUAUGAACGUCGCUAUGCAACGCAAUCAGCUUAUAAACAACAGCUCGAGUCAUCUCUAAUAACCGUGCGAGAGGAAAUCAAGUGUAAGCAKGGCGCUGCAAUUACCGAAGACAUAACCGAUGAAUUACGAACCUGGAUAAAGGAAUGCUAUGAAAAAACAGGAAAAUUGCCUGAAUUCCCAAGUGAAGAACAAGGAGGAUCACUGCAUAUAUUUAGUCGACCAGGCACAGAAAGCGAGCUAAGUCGUUCCUCGGCGCGUUCUUCGAAGGAGUCACGUAAAACCAAGGAUAAAUCGAAAUCACCGGCUCGUAGCGGUGACUUAAAUUUCAAUGACACUCAAGCGGAUGGGGAAAACUUUCAUCCUGGACAAUCUGUGUUUCUCGCAGAUAUAAAAACUGCAAUUGAAGAGUUCAAUGAAGUUUGGCGAAACAAAGAUGAGAGCGGCAAUCUCUCACAGUCUCAAUACGAUGAUAUGAUUUACAAUGAGAAAUAUUUAGAAAUAGAAUUAGAGUGUCGACGCACAGUCGAUGAGCUAAUGCGACAGGAAUUGGAAUUAUUGCAGACUGCCAUUGGCAAAAAGGCCAAAAARAGYAGCAAAAAGACUCGACGUUCAGGUAAAAAAAGUAAAAAGAAAAAGGAAAAAGAUCUUACCCCUGAUCGUACGACUGAAUCACUUUAUGAGGAGCUGGUAACUAACGGCAUUAUACGCAAAUAUCCAGAAGUCCGUCUCAGUCAAUAUAUAGGAGAUAAGGCUUUGAGUGAACGCUCCGGUACGAACCCAUCCGCUGGAGAUAUUCGUCAAAUUCUCAUCGAAUACUGUAUACUGCCACUGGGUUCAGAGCCCAUACGCAAUUCCUGCCCACUUAUACGUUCGAUUUUACUAGCUGGUCCACGUGGCUCUGGCAAGAAAGCGCUGCUGCAUGCUAUCUGCACUGAAGUCGGUGCUGUACUGUUUGAUCUAACACCCGCCAAUAUAGUGGGCAAAUACCCAGGAAAAUCCGGCCUAAUAAAGCUUAUACAUUUGGUUUCGAAGGUAUCGCGUUUGCUGCAACCAGCGGUUAUAUAUAUGGGUGAUGCAGAGCGUCCAUUCAUGAAAAAAGUGCCCAAAACAGAUCGUACAGACCCGAAGCGCUUGAAGAAAGAUUUACCACGUUUAAUAAAGACUAUUGCUCCAGAGGAUCGUGUACUAUUCGUGGGCACAUCGAAUCUACCCUGGGAAGCGGACCAAAAACUCUUACAACAAACUUACAAUCGUUUCAUUUAUAUACCUCGACCUGACUAUGGCGCAAGAUCGAGUGCUUGGAAGGCGCUAGCCAAUGAAUACACUGGCGGCUUAUCUACUUUGGAUUACAGUGUUUUGGCAAAGAUCUCCGAUGGCUAUACGAUUGGCGCUAUUGAUUCGUGCUUAAAGGAAGUCUUAACGUGUAAGCGGAAGCUGCAACUUCGUACGCAACCUCUAACACAUGCCGAAAUUAUAAACACUUUGAGUAUGCGUGAUCCAGUUUACCGCGAAGAGGAAGAAGCCUUUGACAACUGGUGGUCUAAAACACCACUUGGACGACGCUAUGAACGUGCGCUAGAGAUGGAGGAGGAAGCGCGCUUAGAAGAAGAGGAAAAAAAUGCCAAACAAAGCAGUAAUGGCAAGAAAAAGUGAACAAGAAAAGUAAAAUAUUUUUAU